AUGCUUCCGCCACAGCUCCAGCACGGCCUGAGGCGGCACUCGAUAUCACUUGCCACGGCUGCUGCUGCUCUCAGACCGUCGACGACGAGCUCCAUCGUUCGCGCCACCCAAUCCCGAAGCUGCUGGUGGGGACGCCCGCGAGACUACCCAUCGCGAGUCGAUCCAAUGUUCCACCGCUUCGCCCGUUAUCGAACGCUCAAGACAAGAGCCAAGCUGCUCGAUAAGCUCCGACGCAGAGGACGAUGGGAUUGGGAUGCCAACCAACGCCCCUUCUUCAGCCCCAAGCAUGUCCGCUUGGCUAGCCACAUUGGCCGGCCAAGAUGGAAGAUGUAUGGCAACGAAGAUGGCAAAGAGAAGACUGCCGAAGAGAUCCUCGAACAGGAGGGCUUUGAGCUCAGCCAGCGGGAGAAGGAAUGGAAGGACCAGAUGGAGGCCAUGCGGAAACGCAUCGACCAAGAUCCAUAUGAGGCCAUCUUUGGCAGAAGAUUCGAGCCUUUCUGGAAUGGUCUUGUACCUGGCUGGAUGCGGAACGAGAUGGGUCCGAAUGAUGGUCCCAAGUCGAAGGAUCCGAACAGAGACACUACCACGUCCAGAUCCACGCCAGCCAAGCCAGUGUCGAGUGAGUCAAAGUUGAAAUCUGAUCCAGUUAAACCUGUAGACCGUACAGCGGCGGAGCGAUCCACGAAUGAUCCAGAGUCGGACGGCGAGACCCCUAAUGGCCAGCUCACCAGCUACACGUACAUACCGAAACGGACUGUUGUCAAUAGUGACCCAGAAUGCCCCAACGGCCAGCUGACCAAUUAUUCCUACGCUUCGUCCACGUCUACCUCGUGGGAUUCGUGGACUAAGAAGACGAGGAGAACAGAAUGGGACUCGAUGUCUGGCAAGACAAGACGCUACGAGUACGACCCCAUCUCCAAUCGCAUGGUUGAGAUGGCUCAGCCAAAAGCUGGCGAAGCCCGCAGUGCACAAGCCUCCGAAGCCGCGAAGCAGGAUCCCAUGUUUGCAGCGGAAUCGAAGUCGAAGCAGCCUGCCAUCAAGUCAGAUCGCGCCGCCGGAAGCUCCCGCUCCGAAGCUGUCGAUAUUCCUGUGAAGCCCUCAAGUGAAAGUCGCAAGUCAAUUCCAAUCCCCACGCAAACGCUUGAAACGACGUCUAAAGCGAAGACAUCUGUCUACUUCCCAUCUCUGAUCAACACUUCUGUAGUGUCCAAGGUUACCAAACCAGAGGCUCUCACCGCGAAGUCGGAGAAACAGCUUGAAAAGCUUACCGCCGAUGAUGUCCGAGCUUCUGUUGGUAAGGCGAGAAAAGAGCGUGACGCUGCCACUCAGUCUCAAAGAAGCGAUGAGGAGACAAGGGCUCAUCGAUACGGCAGGAUGGAUCCCAAGCAGAGCCAGUGGGAUCAAGCUGAGACUGAUGUGAUGCUUCAAGAGGGCUGGUCUAAGAGAGGAAGAGAGCUGCGAGAGCAGUCCCGGUCUAAGCCGAAACUCGAGACGGCGUUAGACCGUAAAGUCAACACGACCACCGCGGGCCCCCCUCGAGGGGAGCCUGCAGUGAAGUCAGCGAUUACAGGCUCUCUACAAUCGUCUCUUGAGCGCAUGCAGUCCAAGACUUUGCCAGCGGCAGUCGAGCUCGACGACUUGGCAGCUCACGAGUCGACCGGCGACCGCGUGCACAACUCUGCGACCAACAUUCCUAAGCAGUGGGAGAAGCAAGCUGAUAUGCUUCAGGCGGAUCGUAUCAAGCGGACACGUGGAGGUUGCGAUGAGGCCACGCCUGCAAUUGACAGUCUCACUCAGAAACUGACUUUACAUCUGGACAAGCUGAAGGAGAAGCAUUCCACAGACAAGCCGCGAUGGGUCAUUCGCGGACAAGGUCAUGUAUCAAGUAAUUCACAGCGUACCCAAACAACCGGAACCGAGCUCAUCAAUCUAGGAAACAAGAAGAGACUGGAGAUGGUACGCCGCGAGGUGGAGUCCCUUGCUGGAACAGAUCCGAAGCUGGCCGAGUUGGUGAAAGAACUAGAUGCUCGGGAGGCUGCUAGAAAGACAAAGCUUGCCAAGGCCAAUGCUAUGCUCGAGACCGAGGUCGAGGAGCAGCGAACGCGGAUGCAGGCUCACGAAGGACGGACUGCCCAUGUACCCUCUUCAAUGCCCCAAAUUAACUCUCAGAGUAGCUCCCGCGAUGCUCCGGGCUUUCAAACAGAGAGAGAACGAUAUCAGCAGAAGAUUCGCGACCUCAGGAAGGAGCUUGAUACCGCGUUCAAGCAGAGCAGCGUACAGGCUGAGAUGCAGGUCGAUAGAAUCAAAGACUUGAAGAAAGCGGCGGAGAAUCUCCCCCGCGAGGUGACGGAAUUCCAAGUGGAAAGAGAGCGUUACCAGCACAAGAUUGGUGAUCUCAGAAAAGAGCUCGACACUGCGUUUAAGCAGAGCAGCGUCAACGCUGAGAUGCAGGUGGAGAGGAUUCGAGAUCUGGAGAAAGCCAUGGAAGACCUUCGCAAGAGCAGCAUUACCGAUGUUAAAUUUGAGGAGGUACGCUUCCAACAGAAGAUCAAUGUGCUGAAGGCAGAAAUCGACCGCGCGUACAUGCCAUAUGUCACAAAGUCCGAGAUGCAAGCCGCCCAUAUCCGAGAGCUGGAAGCUCAGCUGAGAGAAGCCCGUGCUGGGCCACAGGAGACCGCGAAGGGUGCCGAGAUCUCCCAGGCCGAGGGAGACUUUUGCGCCAACGUGACCAAAUACGCCAAGGAUAACAGCAAAUGGUAUAAGAAACCUUGCCGCAAUCCUGAGGCGACUGGGAAGCCGACGCAAGAAGAGAUAGAUGUAGCGGCGAAGAAGGUACAAGACCAGAAUCUUACGAAUGAGGUUCAGAACAUCUAUGAAAGGAAAUAUGGAACCAUCGAUGUCAACCACCGCCAGCCAAUCGAAGCUUCCUCUAAACUUCCACGGAUGUCGAAGCCUGAAGCACAGGUCGUAGAGGUCGAGUCCGAUGUCGACCUUGGCAAAGCACUCGCAGACUACGAGAAGGACCAGACUUAUGACUACAAGAGAGAUAAUCUCGAAGCUGAAAUUGCCGCAGAAGAGAGGGAAGCUCAUGAAGCUCAAGCAUUGAUGGCCCCAGAGUCGUCGAGCAAAAUGAAGCAAGCCAUUGCUAACAAUUUGAACCGGAAGGAAGGUGUACAUGGCGCGCGCAUCGUUGACGACAACCUUCCGAAGCUCAUUCCUACUGAAAUUGCUGGCCAGAAAGAGAAAGAGGCUGCAGUAAGUGAAUGGGGAUUCCAAUGGGACGAACCUCCUGCCUACAAGGUUCUUGCGUACGAUUCUGGCAACGACAUCAUCAAGACCGCUGUGACUUCCUCCAAUUUCACCAACAAGGAGACUCCAAUCACAAUUCAGGAGGCACUUUCGGAACUUUACCAGCCGGCCAGAUUUGUGCCCCACUUUGCAGGUUUGCAAAAGGAAGGAUACCAGGUGAUUUACGGCACCAAAGAUCUGCUUGUAUUCAGGAAAGUCAGGCAGGCGCCCGAAGCAGCAAUUGCGAAAUCAGAAGAUGCGGAAAGCCUCCAAGAUCACGGCUUGUUCAAGUCUGCUGAUGAGAAUCCCCCCGCUAAUUACGCUGGUGUCAACCCAAUCGAUGGCACCUCCCACCCCGUUGAACCCAGUACCGGCUCUUUCGCUUCACCUACCGGGUUCGUUGGAGAUCGAUGGUUCUCUGAAGGUCAAGCCCAAUCUCCGAGCACGGUUGCCAAUAUGUCCAAGCUUGAACGUCAGCCCGCCGAAGAGGCUACAGAAGAUUUGGAAUUCAAGCACUACCCGCGUGUCAAGCGCGAAGAACGCGUGUACUCUGGCUCGCGACUCCAGAAGCAGCAGGCGAAGCAGAGAAAGUCGCAUUCCGCUCACGAGCAGCGGAGAUCUGAUGGAGCGCGGGAAGAGUCUGCAGGAGCUGGCUGGAAGAGGGUUGCUUUGUCGGCUGCUACCAUGGGCGGUGUGUGCUAUGCGGUUGGCGCUGCUGUCGAGAGGAAGGAGGAGAGGGAGAAGGAGAGGUGGGAGCAGAUUUUGGAGGGAAGGAAUUUGAAGUAG